UCCGCCAUCUUUUUGUUCUAGUCUUAAAAUCGGGAGUAACACCCACAAAACGCAAGGUGGCGCUGCAGGCUAAAAAGAGAAAAAAAUUUUCGCAAUGCCAGCGUUUAGAGGAAAGCUGGCCAGACUGUAACAGUAGAGGAAAGGAAACCGUGGUAAUAGGAGUUGGGUAAAAUGGGAAUUCCUCCCUACAAGCAUUGCUGUUAUCCAGUUCAUUUCUAACGAUUCGAUUGAUGCCAUUUCUGAGUUGCUUAAGAACGAGAGAAAGUGUUUUUGAAAGACUGGUUAAACGAAGAAUGGACGCCAGAGUGGAAUGUGCUGUGCAGCAAAGGCAAGUCCUCUUUCUUUGUGUAUUUCUGGGAAUGUCCUGGGCUGCUGAGGAACCGCUAAUGUAUUUUGUGGAGGAGGAAGCUGAGAGAGGCACCUUUCUGGCCAACCUAGCACAUGACCUGGGGUUGGGGAUGGAGGAACUAUCAGCCAGGGAGCCUAGAGUCAUUUCAGACCAGAAAAUAGGAUUUUUACUACUCGAUCCGCUUACUGGUGAUUUAUCUCUAAAUGAGAAAUUAGACCGAGAGGAACUGUGCGGCCUCAAAGAGCCUUGUGUGCUACCGUUCCAGCUGUUAAUGGAAAAGCCUUUUGAGAUUUUCGGUGCUAAAUUAUGGGUUAGAGAUAUCAAUGAUCAUUCUCCAGUAUUUCUGGAUAGAGAGAUUCCCUUGAAAAUAUUAGAAAGUACCACCCCAGGGGCGGCAUUUCUUCUACAAAGUGCACAGGAUUCAGAUAUAGGAACCAAUAACGUGAGAAACUACACCAUCAGCCCCAAUGCCUAUUUCCACAUUAGUGUUCAUAAUGGUGCAGAGGGGAUUAUCUAUCCUGAAUUGGUCCUGGAUAGACCGUUGGAUCGAGAAGAGGUGCCUGAACUCAGUUUAAUCCUCACCGCCUUGGAUGGUGGCUCUCCAGUCAGAUCCGGGACUACCCUGGUGCGCAUCCUCGUUUGGGACACAAAUGACAACGCGCCUGAAUUUGUACAGCCUCUCUACAAGGUGCAGUUGUGUGAGGAUAGCCCUGUGGGCUCUCUGGUUGUCACUGUCUCAGCUAGAGAUUUAGAUACGGGAAGUAAUGGGGAAAUAGUUUAUGCAUUUUUUUAUGCUACUGAAAGAAUUCUCAAAACAUUUCAAAUCAAUCCAACAUCCGGCAGUGUUUAUCUCAGAGCUGAAUUGAACUAUGAGGUAAUGCAAACUUACACAUUAACUAUUCAGGCCAAAGAUGGCGGAGGACUUUCAGGAAAAUGUACGGUGGUGGUUCAGGUAACAGAUAUAAACGACAAUCCACCAGAACUGCUCAUGUCAUCACUUACUAGCCCAAUUCAAGAAAAUUCACUUGAAACAGUCGUAGCUGUUUUUAGGAUUCGAGACAGAGAUUCGGGGAACAAUGCAAAGAUGGUGUGUUCUAUCCAAGACGAUCUCCCCUUCAUCCUGAAGCCAUCUGUAGAGAAUUACUACACCUUGGUAACCGACAGUCCACUGGACAGAGAGGAAAGAGCCGAGUACAACAUCACCAUCACGGUCACUGACAUGGGAACCCCCAGACUGAAAACCGAGCACAACAUAACCGUGCUGGUGGCCGACGUCAACGACAACGCCCCCGCCUUCACCCAGACCUCCUACACCCUGUGGGUCCGAGAGAACAACAGCCCCGCCCUGCACAUCGGCAGCGUCAGCGCCACAGACACAGACGCCGGCGCCAACGCCCAGGUCACCUACUCGCUGCUGCCGCCCCCCGACCCGAUCGUGCCCCUCGCCUCCCUCGUGUCCAUCAACCCCGACAACGGCCACCUCUUCGCCCUCACGUCCCUGGACUACGAGGCCCUGCGAGCCUUCGAGUUCCACGUGGGCGCCACCGACCGCGGCUCGCCGGCGCUCAGCAGCCAGGCGCUGGUGCGCGUGCUCGUGGCGGACGCCAACGACAACGCGCCUUUCGUGCUCUACCCGCUGCAGAACGCCUCGGCGCCCUGCACCGAGCUGGUGCCCAGGGCGGCCGAGCCGGGCUACCUGGUGACCAAGGUGGUGGCGGUGGACGGCGACGCGGGCCAGAACGCCUGGCUGUCGUACCAGCUGCUCAAGGCCACGGAGCCCGGGCUGUUCGGCGUGUGGGCGCACAACGGCGAGGUGCGCACGGCGCGGCUGCUGAGCGAGCGCGACGCGCCCAAGCAGCGGCUGGUGGUGCUGGUCAAGGACAACGGCGAGCCGCCGCUGUCGGCCAGCGUCACGCUGCACGUGCUGCUGGUGGACGGCUUCUCGCAGCCCUACCUGCCGCCCCCGGAAGCGGAAGCGGCGGCCGCGGCGCCGGCCGACCCGCUCACCGUCUACCUGGUGGUGGCCUUGGCGUCGGUGUCGUCGCUCUUCCUCUUCUCGGUGCUGGUGUUCGUGGCGGUGCGGCUGUGCAGGAGGGGCGGGGCGGGCUCGGCGGGUCGCUGCCCGGUGCCCGAGGGCCACUUCCCGGGCCACCUGGUGGACGUCAGCGGCACGGGGACCCUGUCGCAGAGCUACCAGUACGAGGUGUGUCUGAUGGGAGGCUAUGGUACUGGCGAGUUCAAAUUGAAGCGGAUUCUCCCCAGUCUCGCAUCCCAGAGCAUAGGCAGGGAAGUGGAAGAAUAUCCCUCAUAUCGGAAUGAUUUGGGUCUGUGAUAAAAAGGAAAAAUACCGUUACUAUAUCUGUGAAUAUAUUCCUGUUAAGAAAUUUAUCUCAAUUUACCUGUAGAGGAGUGCUUUCACAUCAUUUCAGGGAUUCCUAAGGUCAAAAAAUGAAUUUCUUCACACAGAAAAGGAUUCACCUUUAGCCCUAAGAACACAAAGCAUGGAUUGUGUAUUGUCAUCUUUUGCCUCAAUUAUGCUUUGUGUGCAGUCUAUUACAUGACAAAUCUUGUUUGAGACAUUCUAAAUUGUAAUUCACUGUCUUCAAAUAUUAUUGCUACUUUUAUUUUCUGAGUUGAUUA